CGGGCGAUAGCGAUCUCGGUGGUGAGACGCUUUGGCACGCACAACCUCCAAUCAUUUGCACAAUCCGGUCUCUUGAAAGUCGAAGCUGUUGGUCUGCUCACAGUACAUUCACUCUACUUCACCCAUGGAGUCUCAGGCGCUUGUGUCCCGUGGACCAUUUUCCUCGGGGGGCUGGGCGAUCGAGAACGUGAAGCUGCGAGACUUGAAGGACGAUGAGAUCGUUGUCGAGAUAGUGGCAUCCGGCAUCUGCCACACAGACUUGCAUUGUGGCGACACGCCGGAUGACAAAGGAGUGCCGGCUGUCUUCUAUCCGAGAGUUCUCGGCCACGAGGGAUCUGGUUAUGUGAAGCAAGUGGGCAAGGGAGUGAGCAGUGUCAAGCCAGGAGACCCGGUUCUGCUUUCUUUCUCGUACUGCGGCAAAUGCCACGUCUGCAAGACCGGCCCUCCGUCACAUUGCGUGGACUUCUUCGAAAUCAACUUUAUGGGCGAGCCAGCCUUCCAUGAUGCGAAGGGAGGCUCCAUUGGCGGCCGCUUCUUCGGACAGUCAAGCUUCGCGAAACACGCCAUCGUCAGCGAUAAGUCUGUCGUGAACGUUGGCGGCUUGGGCCUCGAGCGAGAGGACCUCAAGCUCUUGGCACCUUUCGGCUGUGGCCUGCAGACAGGCAGUGGCACAGUCAUCUCCGUGGCGAAGGCCGGCCCCGAGGAUGCGAUCGCUAUUGUUGGGAUGGGAGGUGUCGGACUGGCUGCUGUGAUGGCCGCCAAGAAUCAGAAGUGCAAGACCAUCAUCGGGAUCGACAGGGUGGAGGCGCGGUUGGAGCUUGCAAAGUCGCUCGGUGCUACACACGUCUUCGACACAUCCAAGAUGUCCACUGAGGAGCUCGUGGCCGCCGUCAAAGAGGCGGCAGAUGGGCUGGGCGCCACAAUCUCGAUCGACACGAGCGCCUACCCUCCGCUUGUCGCUGCUCAGGUGGAGUACACACGUUACAUGGCCAAGAUCAUUCAGGUUGGAACCGGUAUGCCAAACGCAAACCUGACCCUGCAUAUGCAGAGCUUCAUGGUGAGUGGAAAGCAGUACUUUGGAGCGGUCCAGGGCCACAGCAAGACCAAGGAGUAUAUACCUCAGAUGAUCAAGUGGUGGAAGGACGGAAUCUUCCCAGUGGAAAAAUUGGUGAAGUUCUACAAGAUCGAAGAUUUCAGGGAAGCUGUCAAGGUCAUGGGAAACGGAGAUGUCGUGAAGCCUAUUCUGGUAUGGUAAACAUUGCGGCGAGUGGAUUAACAUGAUGACAGACAUGGGUCCAGUGGCAUGUAUGUACUAUGUAGCAUAUGGAGCGUCGGGGUAUUUCGCCGAUAUUGCAAGAAAAGAGCGAACUGGCAGAGACAACUUCUUUCAAGAAAUAUGAACACACCCGAUUAUUACG